AUGCCAUCCUCCUGUAAAGACAUCCGCGACGCGCUCGCCCAAUGCCUCCAAAACAGCGACUGCAUCCUCGUCCAGCGGCACACGCCGGUCGAAUGCCUUUCGCACCCCUUACUCGAAACCCUCCCGGAGCAGUGCCAACAACUCAAGAUCGGGUUCCGAGAAUGCCGGCGCGGACUGGUGGACAUGAGGAAACGGUUUAGAGGAAACGCCCCGAUUUCAACGAGCUUGGAACUCGAGGCUGGCGACGGGAGCGGGAGGAAGGUGGGAGGGGCGCCCGCUGGAGGGCUUAAGGGCCAGCUAUACGCUGGACGCCCGGCGUUCGACGUUCGGGAGCAGAUGGGCAAGGGCCAAAAAGGAGAGGUUAAAGGCUUGGGAUUUGACGAGAGUAAGACGAGAGGGUUGUAG